GUGAAGGCAAAGAUUGCAAUAUGUCAUGGAGGCGAAGGUACAGCGUAACAUUUGUUUAGAUGCGAAACGUUAUAGUUAUUCAGUUUUUCAUUGAAUUUUAGAAUUAUGAUUUAGUGUUGGUAAAAUAUUAAUGUAAUUAUAACAUCAUGGAUGAUGAAUUUGACGAUAAAGGUUGGGAUGGAGACAUAGGAGAUGGAGAGUCUGAAGGAGGGGAAGAACCAAUGGAAAGCCCACAGGAAAUUUUGAAAGAAUGCCUAGAGAAGUUCAGCACACCUGAUUACAUCAUGGAACCCGGCAUCUUCACUCAGUUGAAGAGGUACUUCCAAGCAGGUGGAAAUCCUGAGCAAGUUAUUGAACUUUUGUCUCACAACUACAGUGCUGUGGCACAGAUGGCGAAUCUGCUUGCUGAGUGGCUUAUUCUUGGAGGAGUUAAGGUGACAGAUGUUCAAGCAAUGGUCGAAAAUCAUCUCAAGGAUAUGAUCCUCAAGACAUUUGAUCCGAAGAAGGCAGACACAAUUUUCACUGAAGAGGGUGAGACACCUGCCUGGCUAACAGAAAUGAUUGAACAUCCCACAUGGCGCUCUCUCAUCUACCGUCUGGCUGAGGAGUAUCCAGACUGCCUCAUGCUUAACUUUACUAUCAAGCUUAUAUCUGAUGCAGGAUUCCAGGGAGAGAUCACCAGCAUAUCAACAGCUGCUCAGCAGAUUGAAGUAUUUUCCCGUGUUCUCAAGACUACCAUCUCAAGCUUCCUUCAGAAUUCAGAAGACUGGCAAAACAGCAUUUUGGAAUGUGCAAAAAUGGUGUGCCAUGGACAGCACACAUAUGUGUAUAGUCAGGUAUUGCUGCAAGUCCUGUCCCAGGAACCCAAGGGUGGCUCCAACAUGAAGCGGCUAUCACAGGAGAUUACACGCUGUGCACAACAGAACCAGCAUGAUGUAACCCCCAUCACGAUGGCACUGAAUGGUGCUGCGAGGUUUCCACAAGCAUGUCAGGCACUCACAUCCAUGCUGUCACGCAACACGUUGAACCCAGCUGACAUUACAGUAUUAUUCCGCAACUAUUCUGCCAUGGAUCCACCACCUAUUGACUUGGUUCGAACUCCUCAGUUCCUGGAGCUGCUGGUAGACUCAUUGUUUAAACCAGGCAUAAAACUAAAUCCAGAACACAAACCAAAGUAUAUCUAUCUACUGGCUUAUGCUGCUAGUGUGUGUGAGGUUUCAUCUGGCAAGAAGGGACAGCCAGCACGCAAGACACUCAAUAAGGAGGAGCUGAAGGCUACAAUCCAGGCAAUUGAGAAGGUUCAUAGCAUUUGUAACAUAAACAGAGGUUCAGCAGAACUCAUAGCUGAACUGAGCACUCUAUAUCAAUGUAUCAGGUUCCCCGUAGUAUCAGUUGGUGUGGUGCGAUGGGUGGAAAGUACAGUCACAGAACCUAGCUAUUUCAAACUUUGUACAGAACACACGCCAAUCCACUUGGCUCUUCUCGAUGAGGUGGUCACAUGUCAUCUCCUGCUUCAUCCAAAGGUCCUCCAACUGUUAAUUCAGCUAUUUGAGUCAAAACAGGAUGAACUGGAGAUCCUGGUACAGUUGGAGAUGAGAAAAAUGCUGCUGGAUCGCAUGGUGAAUCUCUUGAGUCGAGGUUGUGUGGUGCCAGUGGUGAAGUACAUCAAGCAGUGUUGGUUACGUGGUGACACCGACAUAUCCCUUAUACGUUACUUUGUCACAGAGGUGCUGGAAGCUAUUGCACCACCAUAUACACCUGAAUUUGUGCAGCUUUUCCUGCCCAUGGUUGAAAAUGAAGAAAUCACUGGCACGAUGAGGGGUGAUGGGGAGAAUGAUCCUGUCUCAGAAUUCAUUGUACACUGCAAGGCACACUACAUGGUCCUGUGAAUCAAGAUGCCUCAAUAUAUUUUCGAUUUCCUGCUUCAAUAUCACUUAAUGUGUGUAAGGUCAAGCUCUCUGAUAAUAAAUAUUUGUCUUCCAGCAACUGUGUGACUUCAA